AACUCCACCACCGCGCAGGCCAUGGCGAACAGCGUCAACAUCCUGCUCGGCGUGGGCCUCCUCUCGGUGCCGUACGCGCUGCAGCAGGGCGGGUGGGCGGGCCUCGGCGUCCUCGGCGUCCUCGGCGUCACCACCAACUACACCGGCAAGAUACUGAUCCGGCCCACGCGGCGGCCGCUGCUGUCCUACGAGGACGUCGGCGAGGCGGCAUUUGGCGCUAAUGGGAGACGAUUCAUCACGUGGGUUUUAUACACCGAACUCAUCGGCACGUGCGCGCUGUUCUUCAUCCUGGAGGGCGAUCACCUGGAGAUUCUGUUUGACCACGCGCACACCCAGGAGUGGUUCAUGUGCGCGGCGGCGGCGGUGAUGAUACCCACGCUGUGGCUUUCCGAUUUAUCGUCGCUUUCGUUCAUCGGCGGCUUGGGCGCGUGCGCUUCUUUGUCCCUCGUCGGCGUCGUCCUGUACGAGCUCGUCGCCGUGGGUGGGUUCCCGGGUACACUACCCCCGGCGUUGGAGACCACCGCGCUGGUGCACCUGAGCACGCUGCCGGUGAGCUUCGGGUUGCUCGCGUUUGUAUUCGCCGGUCACGCGGUUUUCCCGGCUAUUUACACCAGCAUGCGAGAACCCGGGGAGUACGAGGGAAUGCUGGACAAGACGUACGCCAUCGUGGGCGCCACGUGCUUGCUCAUCGGCGGCGCCGGGUACGCGCUCUACGGGGACGGCGUGGCGGACGAGGUGACGCUGAACCUGCCGACGGGGGUGGCGAGCACGCUGGCGCUGGCGCUGGUCACGGUGAACCCGUUUAGCAAAUUCGCGCUCACGAUGGACCCGGUGUCGCGCGGGUUGGAGAAGGCGCUGGGGGUGGACAUUAACGGGGGGGGAGGGGGUGGAGUUGAAAGGGAUUGGGGCGCGCCGCUGAAGGCGCGAUUGAUGCGCACCGGGCUGGGCGCGGGCGCGUUGUUGACCGCCGCGAAGGUUCCGUUUUUCGCGGUUUUCAUGUCGCUCAUCGGGAGCUUUUUGACGCUGACGGUGAGCGUCAUCUUCCCGAGCGCGUGCUACCUGCGGAUGUUCGAGGACGAGCUCACGGACAACGAACGGGUCGCCAACUGGGCCAUCAUGCUGCUCGGUGGGUUCUGCGUCGUCGCCGGCUCG